CCCAUACUCCUCCUCCUCCUCCUUCACAGAGGGCUAUUAUUUUUCCUUUGAACCAGCGUGAUAUCUUUUCAACUGAGGUUCAGGCAUCGUGGUCCCUCCAUUGUUAUUCAUUUUCCGUCGGCCGCGAUCUCCGCCAUUCCCCUUACCUGAUCAGGAAAUUAUUCUCCGCUGGGUAACUCUUCAAUCUUACCGUUAUUGUUCUUGAUUCACCAACUCUUCGUUCGGGAACAUAUUAUAUUACAAUUUCUCAUCUGUGGAGGCUAGUUUCUCGUGGAUUCAGCAAGUUGUUGUUCUGUAUCUGAAUCAGGAUGAAGGGAGGCUUAAAUGGGUUGAAGGGUAAAGAAAUUUCACUUAUUUCCAUUGUUCUCAUGUCCGCGACUAUUCUUUUAUGGACCUGGGAGAAAACCCCAGGUCUUACAGCCUUUCUUCCUCCUCAAACACAACUGCAGCUAUCUUCAGAAGUAGGUGGAGGUGGAGGUGGCUCUACCAAUAAGCAGGAAGAACUACAAUUAAAUGGAGUGACUCAAACAGUUUCUGCAGAAAGCUCUUCUAGAAGGAGCAUUGAUGAAAGCCAUACAAUAACUACUACACUUACAGAACAAAUUCACUCAAAGUCAUCGGAUGACAAAGCUGAAGUAAAAGAAGUCCUAGAAGCUGGGAACAGUCACAUUGCACAAACUCUUUCCAAUCCAGAAAAAAUUAAUGAAAAUAGGCAUCAAGAAGAAGGGAAGGAAGCAUCAAAAGAAGCAGAAAGUAGAACAGACGUUGUAGCUUCAAAUCAGUCUCCACAAAUAAGCUAUUCAGUUGAUAGAAAAGACAACGAAAAUUGGAAUAAUGUUACAGAACAUAAAGCCUGUAACUUUGCAAAAGGAAAAUGGGUUCUGGACAACAACCGGCCUUUGUAUUCAGGGUUUGAAUGCAAGCAGUGGCUGUCAGCGAUGUGGGCUUGCCGGUUGACACAGCGUACAGAUUUUGCUUAUGAGAACAUUCGAUGGCAGCCAAAAGAUUGUCAAAUGGAAGAAUUUGAAGGAUCUAAAUUCUUGAGAAGGAUGCAAAACAAAACUCUAGCUUUUGUUGGAGAUUCAUUGGGCCGGCAGCAGUUCCAGUCUUUAAUGUGCAUGAUCACAGGUGGCAAGGAGACAACUGAUGUAGAAGAUGUGGGGAACGAUUAUGGGUUGCUUUUAACUGAGGGUGCUGCUCGUCCUAAUGGAUGGGCUUACCGUUUCCCAAGCACCAAUACUACCAUCCUGUACUACUGGUCGGCAACUCUUUGUGACAUUGAACCUAUUGAUUCAAAUAACCCCAAUACUGAGUAUGCCAUGCACCUUGAUCGGCCACCAGCAUUCUUACGUCAUUUCAUUCACAAGUUUGAUGUCCUGGUUCUCAACACAGGUCACCACUGGAAUCGAGGAAAGCUCAAAGGUAAUAGAUGGGUAAUGCAUGUUGGUGGUGUGCCAAAUACAGAUAAGAAAAUAGCAGUGAUUUGGGGUGCCAAGAAUCUGACAAUUCACAGUGUUGUUAGUUGGGUGAAUUCACAGCUUCCUAACCAUCCUGGUUUGAAGGUAUUCUUUCGGACCAUCUCCCCUAGGCAUUUUUUGGGCGGGGAAUGGAACACAGGAGGCAGUUGCAACAACACUGCCCCCAUGUCCAUUGGAAAGGAGAUAAUAGAUGAGGAGUCUACCGAUAAAAAUGCAGCGCAUGCUGUGAAGGGAACAGGGGUCAAACUCUUGGACAUAACGGCAAUUUCUCAGCUCAGGGAUGAGGGUCAUAUUUCACGAUUCAGCAUUACUGCCAAGCCUGGCGUGCAGGAUUGCCUACAUUGGUGUUUGCCAGGUGUUCCUGAUACAUGGAAUGAAAUACUCUUUGCACAAAUAUAGUAAGUACAUGAUGCCAAAUGAAGAAUAUUUCGUUGGUCUCGAAAUGGCCAAUUAUAGCCAUUCCAUGGCUUUGAGGAGGUUAUGGGAUGAAAGACGAACUUCUGAGCUGAUCUGGCGGGAGAUUCAAAGUUGUUUGGUGCGGAGACACGCUCACAUCGCAUUGAUCAUAACACGUUUUUAUUGCUCCUUUGCAUGCUAGCGAAGUAGGAAAAGAAGCUCCUGGAGAUGGUCACUAUGAAUUCGGAUUUGGAUUCAGCGAAAGACUAGUUAUUCUGUGAAAGGCAGCAAAAAUCUAUGUAUUUUAAGUUUUAAUUACAUCUUAAGAUUAUUAAACGAAAACCUCAUGGUCACGUUGUAUUACAGAUUAAGAAUGGCUACAAUUAGGUAGCUGGCAUGGAAUUUUACUGCCUUUUACUGAA